ACAAACAGUGUUUGAUCGCGAAGUAUAUGGGAUUGAGAGAUAGAAUUUGUGACGGUGAAUUGCAGAAAUGAAAGUGAUCCAUUCUAAAAAAAGCCUGGACCCUUCAGCAUUAUUCCUCUCUUACAUAGACUUGGACUAUAACCUAGUGUUGUGUGCUUUUUAAGUUUGUCCAGCACCUCUACAUUGUUACGCAGAGUUAACAUCUCUUUUGACUCGAAUCCAUUUUUGUUUGGUUUGGUUCACCCUCUGUGAGGCUGUUUAAGGCGCUUUCCGAUCGCGGAUGGGGUGUAUAAAUGUCGUUGCUGUUCGCCUAUUUUAAUAACGGCUUCACCGAGGCAAGUCGAAGCGAAGAAUCCGCUCAACGGCAGCCCGCGUGAAGCGUAAAGCACGAGCGCUCAGCAAUGAGGCAGAAACCUAUCUGUCCAGCUCCGAAUCAGUGCGGCACCAAUCUGGACACGUGGUUCCUCACUGCUGCCUUUACGGCGGGCUGGCUGUUCAGUAUCUGCAAUGCACGAUGGGAAAUGAAGUAUGCUGUAUCAGGUGCAGUGGUCGGUGGCGGAUGGGGAAUUACAUCGCACUGAAUGGUGGCGGCUGGACCGAGGACUACAUAACCCAGAAUGCUCGACGGCUGAAAGGACAACGACAUCCUCCAGAAUGUUGGAUAGCAAAAUGCGUAUGCGCUUCUGUGCAGCACCGCCCGCUAGGUUAAAACACAGGUUAUGAAGCGGUCCCUAGGGCGAUUUAACAAGUGCAAGUCUUGAUAUUUGUUUCUGUUUCUCCCCUUAUUGUCAAAAACGAAAAGGAUAUUUUGGUUGUAAGAAUUCGGUUGCUUUAGUUGCUCCUGCAAAAACGGCGACUGAGUAACCACCCUUGAUGCCGCCAGGUCCUCUUGGAUCUGUCAGCGGAGGCCCUGAGGUGUCUGCAAGAAAUUCAAAGCAGGGGAGCAAGUCAGUGUGUGCAGCCGCUUACCACCCUUUCCGAGGCAUCGCCAUUGUUAUUGUCCACGGUGUGAUUGUUCAAGGCGAACGAUGCGGCGCUCCCCGUUAAUUUAACUGAGAGUGCGAGGGCUCGUCGAGGAGGAGAAGGGCGCACAAAGGAAGAGGGCUCCCUCAGCUGUCACCCUGAGGUGGAGAGAAGCGAAAACUGGUACAGGGUCAUUCUGACUGCUACCUACCCCUCCCCUCUCCCCCCCCACCCCCAACUCCCUUCCACCUCCAUCACGAUAGGGCUGCUGGUAAACUGAAGGCAAGAGCAACAAUAGUACUAUAAUACUCUUCCCUCCCAGCACUAAAAAUGGAUCGCGAAAGAGGAGAGAGCGAAGAUAAUUUAGAUUACUCAGUAGCAAACGUAGAAAAGGCAUUGCAUCAGUUGUACUAUGAUCCAAAUAUUGACAACAAGAACCUAGCACAGAAAUGGCUGAUGCAGGCACAAGUCUCUCCUCAAGCAUGGCAAUUUAGCUGGGCAUUGCUCAGUCCUAAUAAAGUACCUGAGAUCCAGUAUUUUGGAGCCAGUGCCCUUCACAUCAAAAUCUCCCGCUACUGGAGCGAUAUCCCGUCAGAUCAGUAUGAGACUCUGAAAUCCCAGCUUUUCAAUCAGAUUGCAUGUUUUGCAUCUGGUUCCAAGAUAGUGCUCACCAGACUUUGUGUGGCGUUAGCAUCACUGGCUCUCAAUAUGAUGCCAGAGAGAUGGCCAAAUGCGGUAGGUGACAUGGUGAAGAUGUUUCAGACUGAAAGUUCAGAUGUGGACGGCAAAGCUAGAUGUAUGGCCUUACUGGAACUACUAACUGUCCUCCCGGAAGAGUUUCAAACAAGUCGUCUGCCUCAGUACCGGAAAGGUGAGGUGCGAAAUGCCUUGGCACAAGAAUCUGGUGCAGUGUUUCCUCUUCUACAGCAACUGCUGCAAACUGAUUCUCCGGUGUUCAUCAGCCAGAAGGCUCUCAAGUGCUUCUCAAGUUGGGUACAGCUAGAUGUGCCCUUGUUGGAUUGUGAGUGUUUGAUGCAGGCCUCAUUUACAUCUCUACAUAAUGCUGAGCUCUUCGACACAGCAGUUGAAGCUCUUGUCAAUGCUAUCUCCCAGCCAGAUGCUCAAAGAUAUGUCAACACGUUACUGAAGCUCAUCCCUCAGGUCCUGCAACUGCAGGAGCAGCUGAGACAAGCUGUACAAAAUGGAGACAUGGAGACAUCACAUGGUAUCUGCAGAAUUGCUGUGGCUCUUGGAGAAAAUCACUCGAGAGCCUUGUUGGAGCAAGUGGAGCACUGGCAAACAUUCCUAGCACUUGUCAACAUGAUCAUGUUUUGCACAGGAAUUCCAGGCCACUAUCCAGUGAAUGAAACUACAAGCUCUUUAACUCUUACAUUCUGGUACACGCUUCAGCAAAUAAAAUGUUUUUUCCUUGGUAGGGUUGAUAUUUCUGAUACUUUAAUGUAUGUAUACGAGAUGCUGGGAGCAGAGUUAUUAAGUAACCUGUAUGACAAACUGGGAAGACUUUUAACUGACACUGAGCAAGCAUCCUCAUGGCAGCAUAUUGAAGCCUGUUUGUAUGGGUUUCAAUCUAUUGCAGAAACCAAUGAUGUCAACUAUUCCGAUGUUAUUCCAGGCUUGAUUGGUCUUAUUCCAAGGAUAAACAUUAGCAAUGUGCAGCUAGCGGACACUGUGAUGUUUACGAUAGGUGCACUAGCUGAAUGGUUGGCUGAUCACCCAGUGAUGAUUAACAGUGUAUUACCAUUGGUACUGCAUGCUUUGGGCAAUGCUGAACUUUCCAUAUCCAGUGUUUCCACACUAAAGAAGAUCUGUAGAGAAUGCAAGUAUGACCUGCCUCCCUAUGCUGCUAAUAUUGUGGCCGUUUCUCAGGAGGUUUUAAUGAAACAAAUUCAUAAGACAAGUCAGUGUAUGUGGCUGAUGCAGGCACUGGGAUUCCUACUCUCUGCCCUCCAGGUGGAGGAAAUUCUUAGGAACCUACAUUCCCUCAUCAGCCCCUACAUCCAACAGCUGGAGAAACUUGCUGACGAGCCGCCAAAUCCAUCAAAUAAACUAGCAAUAAUACAUAUUUUGGGUCUGUUGUCCAAUUUGUUCACCACAUUGGAUAUCAGUCACCAUGACGAUGAGCCAGAAGGCACUGAAGCAAAGAAAAAACCCACCUUGCAAGGACCCAACCCUGUUGUGGUGGUCCUCCAACAGGUCUUCCAACUCAUACAGAAAGUGUUGUCUAAAUGGCUGAAUGAUGCUCAGGUUGUUGAGGCUGUUUGUGCAAUUUUUGAAAAGUCUGUGAAGACGCUUUUGGAUGAUUUUGCUCCCAUGAUUCCGCAGCUUUCAGAAAUGCUGGGUCAGAUGUACAGUACUAUUCCACAGGCAUCUGCGUUGGAAUUAACACGACAGCUGGUGCAUAUAUUUGCCAAUGAUCCAACUCACUUUGUCCCUGUAAAGGCUCUAUUCCUUCUUGUUACUUCUGUGACCCUCUCUAUUUUCCAACAAGGACCCAGGGAUCAUCCUGAUAUUGUUGAUUCAUUUAUGCAACUCCUGGCACAGGCUCUCAAAAGGAAGCCUGAUUUGUUUUUGGCAGAGAACUGUGAUGUGAAGGCCCUGUUUCAAUGUGGAGUCAUAUCUUUGAAAUUUCCAGAAGCCCCAACAGUGAAAGCAACGUGUGCCUUCUUUAGUGAGCUGCUGGCACGUUGUCGGGAAGUACAACCUAUUGGCUUAGUUGUCCAUGAAAAUGGAAAACUCUUAUUACAAGCAAUUCUAGAAGCUAUUGGUGGACAGGCCCCAAGGAGUCUGAUGGAUCAUUUUGCCGAUAUACUGUUUGCUUUGAACAAACACUGUUUUACCUAUUUAAGCAUUUGGUUAAAAGAAGUGAUGCAGCAACAGAAUUUUCCAUCAAGUCGCCUUACACAAGGACAAAAAGAAACAUUUAGUCAACAAAUUUUAAGAGACCGAGUGAAUAAAAGGCGUGUAAAGGACAUUGUUAAGGAGUUCACAUUACUGUGCAGGGGUCUUCAUGGCACAGAAUAUGCAGCUGAGUACUGAAGCUAUGUAAUUAAAUCCAAAUAUCGCUCAGUUAAUAGCAUGCUUCCUGCAUCCUCAACACAUUUGCACCGUUUCCUUCUGUAAAAAUGCAUUCUAGCGUGAAGGAUUUUUAAAAGCAGCAAAUGGGCUUCUGUCUGCACUACAGGAUUCGACAAAAGAAUACAUGCACUUGUAUGCAGUCACAUUAAGAGGCAUUUUUAAAAGAAAAAAGACUUCCUAUCAUAGGAUUGGGUCAGUAGAGGAAAUGUGCCAGGAUGGUUCUGGCAUCCGCUGUCCUGACUUGCAAGUAAUUUGUGUGUAUGUUUUGUGUUGUAAUUAAAGCUUUAUGGAAGCAAUAUAACUUGCUGCUGGAGUCCUGUGAUUUUGGCACUUUGUAAAACACAACAAUAUCUCGUGAAGGGAAUUAAUCCCAAAUGAUUCAGCUGUGGAAUAUUACUGGUGAUGCUGCUACAAUGUCUGAAACCAUUUUAAGCGAAUCUAGUAUUUUAGGGUUUUUUUGUUUUUAAUUUAAUGAUGUGGUGAUGUGGGCUUCUGUCAUAAAGUUUAAAAAUAAGUGUAGAUUGUUGCAACAGUCUGGGAAUUUAAAAGAUUUUGGGCUGUAACAAUUGCUAAGAGUUUCAAAACUUGGCAUAUUUAUUUGAAAUAAACUGAAAAAGUAUCAGAGCUUUGAGUCAUCUAUUUUGACUGCAGAUGAAGAAAACAUUGGCCCAAGCAAAGGUCUAAUUAUACUUCUGGCAUCGUUAAAGCAAUUAACUGACAAAAAGCACAGAGCUCCUCCAUCAGAGGUUUUGAGGCUCUAUAAGCUUUGUUACAGCCCCAUUUUGUUUCUCAACUUUGAGUUUUUUUUGUACUAUAUGCUAUGUGUUACUCUCUGUACAAAAACCAAUACCACCUUAACGUAACUUUGAGCUAUCCAUGUUAUUUUGUAACUUGUUUACUUGUGCUUCUAGAGCAUUCUGGAAGUUGCACAACCAUAGCAUAUAUUCAGGUAUUGGAAUAAAAUGAAAGCCCACUAGUAAAAUCUUGAUAAGAAAUGACACUGUAGCGUAUUGGUUUUCUAUUGUGAAAUAAAGCUUCACUUAUAA